AUGUCACAACCGCCCGCUCACUUUGAGCCACAGCAAGGCGGCACAUGGAUGCAGAAUGCCCAGCCGCCUACGCAAUCCCACAACGGACAGCCACAGCAGGCGGCCCAUGACGACUUUUUCUCUGCCUUUGCGCAGCAGCAACAACAGCAGCAACAUCAACAACAACAACAACAACAACAACAACAUCAGCCAGCACCCUUCCCGCACCAUAAUGACCCAGCCACCAGCAGCGCAGGCAUCCUCCCCGCCUCGUUCUUCGAGAUCCCCUUUGACCUCGGCGACGCAACCACCGGCCAGGCUCAGCUCGACGCAUCCUUUGACCCCCUCCAUGGCCUUCCAGACAUGAGUCCGGAAAUGUACCUUGGCCCCCCCGCCACAUCGAUUCCCAUCCCAAACUACGGCAACAACCCCUACGUCGUGCCAUCCCAGCAGCCACCAGCUCCCCACCUGUACCCGCACUACCAGCACCAGCUCCAGAUGCAGCACGAGCAUGCUCCGCAGCAGGCCGGCCACAUGCCUGACUUUGCCGCCGAGUUUGCCAGCCUGCAAGCCAGCCUCGGCUUCGACGAGCACGGCAACUCGCUGCCGCAGCAGCAGCAGCAGCAGCAGCAGCAGCAGCAAGCCGGACCGUCUCGACAGCCGCAACCGGGGUUCGAAUCAGCCGGAGUCAAGCCGAAAGCGGCGACAAAGAAAUCUUCAAAGCCAAAGGCUCCCAAAAAGGAGAAGGACGGCGCUGAAAAGGAAAAGAAGCCCGCCAAGCCAAAGGCAUCAAAGGGGAAGGCAAAGGAUGUUGCAGAGGCAACGGGGGGACCUGGGUCCACGGCGGCGGCGGGGUCAACGACAAUGGAUCCAGGCAUGAUCACGACGGAGACUCCCACACAGCUGAGCACGGUGGAGGCCUCGAAGCCGAAGCCCAAGAAGAGCAAAGCGAAGGCCAAAGACAAGGACAGAGACGGCACCGCCGCCGAUGCACCCGCUACAAGCCCUUUGGCCGACGCCACGGCGCCGCCGCCAAAACCAAAGAAAAGCAAGAAGAAGGCGGCAGAGAAAGCGUCCGUCGCCGACGGCGGCUCAGCGGGAGCGUCAGCGGCCACCGCGUCGUCGACGUCGCAGAGUGUCGCUGUGCCAGCCGCGGAACCUGCCGUGGGGCCUUGGGCCUCGGCCGGCGGGCCAUCGAAGCUGUCGGACCUCGCAGGAUCGUCGCCGGCGCGUUCCACCAAAGCGUCCUCUGCCGCACCGAAGAAGGGCGCGAGUGCCGGCGCAGGGGCGGGUGGUGGCGGGAAGAAGGGAGCUCGCUCGGCGUCGCGCAUGUCGUCACUCGGUCCAGGGCGAGCAGGGACGCGCGAUCGCGACUCGGCCACGCCGGCGCUGUCAGUCCGCGACUCAGUGCGACCGGGCGGCGUAGGCGUCGGGCCAGGUGCUGGCGACGACGAAGACGACGAAAUGGUGCCCGCGGUCCAGUCCAAGCGAGGCGGUGAUAGGGCGGGUGGCGCCGAUGAGGACGAUGUCGAAGACGAGGCAGAGGCCGAUGCUGAGAUGGAUGGCGACGACGAGCUGCGGGCGGGCGAUUACGAGGACCAGGAGCGGAUCUAUGCCGCUCAGCAGAAGAACAUGGGCUUGCUCUCCAUGGUCAUGACGCCAGAGCAGCUGGAUCGGCACAUGGCUUCGCGACGCGGCGCUCUCAACAAAGCGUCCGUGCGGAAGCUGGUCAACCACGUCCUCUCCCAGUCCGUCAAUGCUCACGUCGCCAUGGUCGCGGCAGGAGUGGCUAAGAUCUUUGUGGGCGAAAUCGUCGAAGCGGCCAGGCGGGUCCAGCAGGAGCGCCGCCAGCAAGGACCUCUCAAGCCUAUCCACCUCCUUGAGGCGCACAGGAGGUAUCGGAGCCAGCGAGAGCGUCCCGGCUACUUUCCGCCCGGCCGAGACGGUGCAAUGCCCGGGCUUGGCAAGAGGAGGAGGCUGUUCUGA